GGGGCCGGCCCGGUGCCCAGGCCCUGGGAGCCCCGGAGGACGGAGUGACAGAGGCCGGAGGAGCCGGGAAGGCCCGAGAGAGAAGCCAAGAGCAGUUGUGUGUGUCCCAGACAGAUCCAGCCACUGGGAUGACUGGACCCUCAGUGGAGAUCCCCCUGGCUGCCAAGCUGGGUGAGGCUUUCGUGUUUGCAGAUGGGCUGGACAUGCAGACAGACCUGUUCCCAGAGGAGGACCUGGGGGCCCCUUUUCUUCAGGGGAGGGCUCUGGAGCAGAUGGCCGUCAUCUACAAGGAGAUCCCUCUCGGGGAGCAAGGCGGGGAGCAGGAUGAUUUCCGGGGGGACUUCGAUCUGUGCUCGAGCCCCAUUCUGCCUCAGAGCGUCCCCCCAGGAGACAGGGCCCAGGACGAUGAGCCGUUUGGCCCGGCCUUCCUCCAGAAAUCAGACCCGACUGCAUACCGGAUCACGGGCAGCGGGGAAGCUGCUGAUCUGCCUGUCGGGGAGGCGGCGGGCAGGGGGGACUCAGGGCCCAAGGGGCCGCCCAGGACCGCGCAGCCCGCCAAGCCGUACACGUGUCGGGAGUGCGGCAAGGCCUUCAGCCAGAGCUCGCACCUGCUCCGGCACCUGGUGAUUCACACCGGGGAGAAGCCCUACGAGUGCGGCGAGUGCGGCAGGGCCUUCAGCCAGAGCUCGCACCUGCUCCGGCACCAGGCCAUCCACACCGGGGAGAAGCCGUACGCGUGCCGCGAGUGCGGCCGGGCCUUCCGCCAGAGCUCGGCCCUGGCGCAGCACGGGAAGACGCACAGCGGGAGGCGGCCCUACGCCUGCCGCGAGUGCGGCAAGGACUUCAGCCGCAGCUCCAGCCUCCGCAAGCACGAGCGCAUCCACACCGGGGAGAAGCCCUACGCGUGNUGCGGCAAGGCUUUCGGCCGCAGCUCGUCGCUGACGAAGCACCAGCGCAUCCACACCGGCCAGAAGCCCUUCCCGUGCGACGCGUGCGGGAAGCAGUUCCUGGAGCACUCGUCGCUGACCGUCCACUGGCGCGUGCACACGGGCGAGAAGCCGUACGCCUGCGGGGACUGCGGCAAGGCCUUCAGCCAGCGCAUGAACCUGACGGUGCACCGGCGCACACACACCAGCGAGAGGCCGUACGCGUGCGGCGGCUGCGGCAAGGCCUUCCGGAAGACCUCGUCCCUGGCCCAGCACGAGAGGGUGCACACGGGCGAGAAGCCAUUCGCGUGUGGGGACUGCGGCAAGGCCUUCAGCCAGGGCAUGCACUUGGCGGUGCACCGGCGCACACACACGGGCGAGAAGCCAUACGCAUGCGGGGAGUGCGGCAAGGCCUUCAGCCAGAGCUCCUACCUGAUCCAGCACAAGCGGCUGCACAUCAGCGUGAAGCCCUUCGAGUGCGGCCGCUGCGGCAAGGCCUUCAGCAAGAACUCGGCCCUGACGCAGCACCAGCGCCUGCACACCGGCGAGAAGCCCUACGCCUGCCCCGUCUGCAAGAAGCACUUCACGGGCCGCUCGUCGCUGGCGGUGCACCAGGGGCCCUACGCCUGUGGCGAGUGCGUGAAGGCCUUCGGCCAGAGUGCCUACCUCAUCGAGCACCAGCGCAUCCACAUGGGCGAGAAGCCCUACCUGUGCGCGCAGUGCGGCAAGGCCUUCAUCAAGAACGCUUCGCUCACCGCGCACCAGCGGAUCCACACCGGGGAGAAGCCCUACGCCUGCCGCGAGUGCGGGAAGACCUUCAGCCGGAACACCAACCUCACGGGGCACCUGAGGGUCCACAUCUAGGGAGGCUGGGCCCCCCCAAUCUG